UGCGUGGGCCCAUUAUUCUUUACCCUUCCGAUGAAUACAUUUCCUCCCCAAUCCUUCCAAAGCUGUGGCUGUGCACACCUUGCGGAUAAGCCUUGGGCUUGAGCCAUGUUUCCUAGUUUUUUAAACAAUCAAAACUAUUUUCUUUUCAUUUUCAUCAUUUAUUCUUCUUUUCCCCCCAACCCGCUUCACAGAAUAUCAGACCAACAAACUAACUACAUGCUUUGUCCCCUAAACUUAACAAACCACCAAGAAUGAUUCUAUUCCUUUUUUCCUGGCAAUCAACCCAUUAGAGAAAACCAUUUUCAUCAUCACCUUGUUGUGUCUUGUUAUUGAAAGAUCUAAAUUUUAAGCUUGUUGAGCAAAAGGGUAUGUCUGUUAUAGGCGCGUAUUCUCAUUUUCUCUACGGAGAGGUUUACCAGAGAGAUCAACAGUGCCCACAGUACUUGGUCAGUGGGAGGGGCUAUUUUUUCUCUCACAAGAGUGGUUGUGGGAACAUAUGGGUUGGAAGCAGAAAGAGUGAAGGGAAGAUUAUUAAAAGGAGGAAUUUUCGUGUGGAAGCUAUGUGGCCAGAUUUGUCAAGACCGAGUGAAUUGGAGAUGGAAGAAAUUAAUGAUUCUGAGCAGCUUGAUCAAAUUCUUGUUCAUGCCCAGCAGAACUCACAGCCUAUCCUCAUUGAUUGGAUGGCUACUUGGUGCCGGAAAUGCAUCUAUUUGAAGCCCAAGUUGGAAAAAUUAGCCCCUGAAUAUCAAGACAAAGUCAAAUUUUAUUUCGUGGAUGUGAAUAAAGUACCUCAGACUCUAGUCAAGCGUGGCAACAUAUCUAAAAUGCCAACAAUUCAGCUGUGGAAAGAUGGAGAGAUGAAAGAAGAAGUCAUUGGAGGCCAUAAGGCCUGGCUAGUUAUUGAGGAAGUCAAAGAAAUGAUCCAAAAGUAUUUAUGAUUCUUCUAUUUUAUUUUUCUUGCUCCCUCAACCCCCCACCCCACCUCACAAAAAAAAAAAAAGAAGAAAGAAAGAAGUUACAAUUGAAGAAACUAAUCUUCCAAUGUUUUUACUUUUUUUUCUUUAACAUUUUUCAUGUUGGCAACCGCAUGUAGCUGUGUAUCAUAUAUAUAUAUUAAUGGAACUGUGUACCAUAGCUGAAAGAAAUUUAAGUGGAAAAGGAAGAUGCUCACUGUUUCUCCCUCCCUCUCAACCAUUAGAGAUUUAGAGGGGAAAAAAAAGUGGGGGUUUUUA